AUGGCAGCUGUGGAAGGCGUAGGGCACGGAACCGAGCUCGAGCAAAUACAAGCGAGAUCGAGAGCUGUUGCCAACAAGUCGUUGGAUGUCACCCGCCACCUAUUGGCACUCACCGAAGAGAGCAAGGAAGCAGGCAUACAAUGCCUUGUCGCCCUCGACGACCAGGGAGAAAAGCUGGAUAACAUCGAAAGGGGGUUGAACGACGUGCAUUCGGACUUGAACCAAGCUAAACAGAGUCUUAAGGAGAUGGAAAAGUGGUGCGGCCUCUGCACACUCCCCUGGAAAAGAGGUCCCCCUAAAAUGAAAUCGGACGACGAUGUUUGGAGCGGGAAGAACGACGGCAAGGUGGUGAGCAGCCAACCGCCGCGGGUGAUGACCGACGACCGAAAUGGUUGUGGACCUAUGACCGGAUACAUUGGCAGGAUAACAAACGACGCAAUGGAAGACGAGAUGGAGGAGUGCAUGGUGCAAGUGAACACCAACAUCGGCAAUCUGAGGAACAUGGCUCUCGACAUCAGCUCCGAGCUCGAAAACCAGAAUAACCAGCUUAAGCGAAUGGAGAAUAAGACCGAUUCAAAUGUGGAGGAAUUGAAAAUAGCCAACGAGAAAGCGCACAAACUUAUGAAGAAUUAAACACUGCCUAGAUACGUCUAUUU